GGAUGGUUAUGAUGAGAUGAAAUCAGAGAAUAUUUAGAAAAAUCUAGACAAAACAAACUAAAUUGAAGUAAAUUGGUCAGACCCACUAGUUAUUUUUACCACAAGAAGUGAAAUUUUCACAAAUAUUGAUUAUAGAGAUUGGUUUGCAUCCGAAGAAAAAAAUAAAUUUUAAGAAAUUUAGCUUCUAAAAUUUGAUGAGGAAUAAACAAAGGAAUAUCUACUAAAAUUUAAAAUGUGUAGUAUUAAAAUAUUGAUUUUUGAAAUAUAUGAAUAGUAAAUAGAAAUAAAAAGAGGAAGUUUAGACUUUAGUAUGUUUGAACUAUGCUGGCAGAAAAUAUUGGAUUAAUUGGUGAAAUUUAAUGACUCAAAGUAGAAAUCUGAUGCUCUUUUGAAUUAAAAAUAAAUAGAAAGCAUUUUAGGUUUUUGAGGU